AUGAGAGAUUUGGCGUCGUGCUUCAGCGAACACGCGGUGCAGGUCUCCGACGCCUCGUGCUCCGGCGCCGGCGCCGCCGAAACCCUCUCCCCCUCCGCCCCGACCGCCGUCGUCUGCUCCUACCGGCUGUCCCUCUCCUCCCAGAAGCAGAUCCUCGUGAGCCUGGCCUGGUGCCGGAGCCCCCUCUCCCAGGGCCUCACCCUCACCUUCGACGGCGACCACGCCGCCGCCCUCAAGCUCACCACCCACUCCCGCCUCUUCCGGAAGCUCAAAGGCGCCAGGUCCAUCGACCUCCACGGCUUCGCCAUCGAGGUCCACUGGGACCUCUCCGCGGCCCGCUAUGAGGCCGGGCCCGAGCCCAUCGACGGCUUCUACGCCGCGUCCAGGAAGCUCCGGCCGGGGGCCCGGCCCGCGGAGUGGUGCCUUGUCUCCCGGCAGGAGCAUUUCACGGGCGGGUCGGUGUACGCUGCGAGGACCCGGUUCCGGGAGGCCGGCCCGGCCCACGAGGUACGGAUCCAGUGCGGAGGGGAGGGGGAGGGGGAGGGGGCUAAGCAGCCGGGGCUGACGGUGUGGAUCGACCGGAAGGCGGUGAUGAGGGUGAAGAGGCUGCGGUGGAAUUUCAGGGGGAAUCAGACAAUAUUCGUAGACGGGCUGCUGGUGGACCUGAUGUGGGAUGUGCACGGGUGGUUCAACGGGUCCGGGUCGAGCCACGCGGUGUUCAUGUUCCGGACUCGGAGCGGGUUGGACAGCAGGCUGUGGCUCGAGGAGAAGAUGGUCAACGGGGAUCGGGAGAAGCUUGACUUCUCACUCCUCAUCUGUGCGACUAAGGCUAUGUGA